UACGUGGUGGUGCUGAUGGCGACGUUCUGGUGCACGGAGGCCCUUCCUCUCGCCGUCACCGCGAUGCUUCCAGUUUGCCUCUUCCCAACACUGGGAAUCAUUCCGUCGAAAAAGAUCUGCCCUCAGUACUUCCUCGAGACCAAUUUCCUCUUCCUCAGCGGGCUCGUUAUGGCGUCGUCCAUCGAGGAGUGGGGCCUGCAUCGCAGAAUCGCCCUGAAGGUCCUGAGCAUCGUGGGAGUGAAACCAGCCUGGCUCAUAUUUGGAAUGAUGAUGACUUCAGCCUUCUUGUCCAUGUGGCUCAGCAACACGGCCACGACGGCCAUGAUGCUUCCCAUCGCUAACGCCAUCCUGGAGAGUCUGUUUGGAGACCUGGAGACGCUGAAGAAGAACUGCAAGUCCCCGAAGGAUUCAGACAGCGAUAUCAUUAAUGGUACACAUGAAUGUUUCACCUCUGUCCCCACGAGUCUUCAAUUCAUGCAAAACAACGAUGUGUCCGAUCACGUUGAAAGGACGGACGGGACGGAGCCGGCGGACGUGAGGACGGCUGAGGAGAUCCGAUCAGAGUCGGAGUAUCAGCUGAAGGUGUGGAAAGGAUUCUUGAUCUGUAUUCCUUACGCAGCCAGUAUCGGAGGAACGGCCACGCUCACCGGCACCGCACCAAACCUCAUCCUGAUUGGCCAGCUGAAGAGUUACUUUCCAGACUGUGACCUCAUCAACUUCGGCUCCUGGUUUGCGUUCGCGUUCCCGCUCAUGCUGAUCUUCCUGUUUGUGGGAUGGCUGUGGAUUGCUUACCUCUACGGGGGACUCAACACAAGACACGACCGAAGAGCCCAGGCCGAGGCCAGAGCCCAGGCGCUGAUCCAGGACGACUACAGGAAACUAGGGCCCAUAAAUUUCGCACAGGGAGCCAUCGCUUUCUUCUUUGUUUUGUUCGCUGUUCUCCUCUUCACACGAGAUCCCAAGUUUAUCACCGGCUGGUCUGUGUUCUUCAAAAAAGGGUACGUCUCAGAUGCCGUCACUGGUGUGAUCAUCGUCUCCAUUUUGUUCUUCUUCCCGUCGCAGAAACCUUCUCUGAGCUGGUGGUUCGACCCCCAAGCUUCCAACACUCGUUACGUUCCUCUCUUAUCAUGGCAGAAAGCCCAGGACUCUAUUCCCUGGAACAUCAUCCUCCUGCUCGGAGGCGGCUUCGCUAUGGCCAAAGCUUGUGAGGAGUCCGGCCUCGCCUCCUGGAUCGGGGGCCACCUCCAACCUUUGGCCGAGGUCCCCCCCGCCGCAGCUGUGAUGCUGAUCACUGCUUUCCUGGCCUGUUUCACCGAGUUCGCCAGCAACACGGCCACGAUCAUCAUAUUCCUGCCCGUCAUUGCUGAACUGGCUAUCCAUGUGUCAGUGAACCCUCUGUACUUCAUGAUACCAGCCACAGUAGGAUGCUCAUAUGCCUUCAUGCUGCCCGUGUCCACGCCUCCCAACUCCAUCGCCUUCGCCUCAGGACACCUCAUGGUCAAAGACAUGGUGAAGACUGGCUUCGUCAUGAACAUCCUGGGCAUCCUCUGUGUCUCUCUGGCCAUGAACACGUGGGGCGUGGCCAUGUUUGACCUGCACACGUAUCCGGAAUGGGCUCAUCCCAUCAACAAGACUGCUGCUGUGGUCGUUCAGGCGCUCAAUGCGACUCUCUGAUCACUCGCAGAGGAGAAGGGUCAGAGGGGUCAGAGGUCAGAGGAUCGUGUGAAGAUCCAACACUAAACGGGGACUCACGUCAACACUGUGUCGCUCUGGGAGCUUCAGCUUUCACCUGUUGCGACGCUUUUCAUAAGUUUUUACGUUCAAGUGUCUUUUCAGGCUCUCGAAAGUGUCAAGAUUUCAUUCAGAACAAGUUGUGUUAUUUACUACUUUUUAAAAACAGGACCAGAGAAACAUUUCACCUCAACAAAAAUAAAACAACAACAGCUCGAGCUCUGAAGAGUUCGUUUUCUAUAUUUCUGAAACUCCAGUGUGACUGCAGAGGGCGCUGUUUGUAUCGAUGAAGAAUGAGAGAGAGAAUCUGUGAAUAAUUCUUUUAAAAAUAUAUAUAUUUUGGGUUGAAAUCACCCACAGAUCACGUUACCUGUUUAUUUGUCGUGUUUUAAAUCUUGUCUGUAUUAGCGGAUGAAUCCUGACUAAUGAACGUGUACAUUUUGUUACAGAGUGAUUUGCAGGUAAUGCAGUAUAAAUGCUGUUAC